AUGGAUUUCAAUACUAAAGUAGAUGAAUAACUAAUCUAUGAAGGUAAGUGGCUACAUUACAAAUUUCUACAUUUUCAAGUAAAUGGACACCAAAAAGUAUGGGAAUUUGUUGAAAGACCUCCAGGUCAUAGAGGAGGAGUUGAAAUCAUACCUAUUAUCAAAUAUAAGGAUAAACAUUCAUAAUUGAUUGUUAUUGCCAAUUUCAGACCUCCUAUUAGAAAAUUUUGUCUUGAAUUCCCAUCAGGAUUAGUUGAUCAAGUAGGUACUAUAGAAGAAAAUGGUCUGAGAGAAAUAAAAGAGGAAACUGGAUAUACAGCACAGAUAGGGAAUUAUCAAUACAAUGGAGUAAGAAUAAGAAAUGAUCCUUGGAAGUCUACAGAAAAUGAAGUAAGUAUUAUUGUUGAUAUUGAUGGGGAUUCUGAAAUCAAUGUGAAUCCCAAGUAAUAAUUGGAAUCAGAUGAGAAUAUUAUUGUUUAUAAAAUGAAUAUGGGAAAGACUUUGGCAGAUGAGAUAUUAUAAUUAGCUAAGGAAAAGGAUUAUGAAAUCAGUGGAUUGCUAUGGUUUUUUGCAUUAGGGCAAUAAUUUAACAAUUGA